UUCACCAGAGCCCACGAUCCCAAGAAAGAUGGCCCAGCGUCGCCGCCCUUGCGCCCCCUGGCGCUCCAGCUUCGGCUGAGUGUUCAACAAAGCUGCCGUUCGCGCGAUCAUCGCUCAAACCGACGCAAGCCCGACUGUCCCCUUCCCACAGAUUGCUGCUGCCGACAAGCCUUCCACCGUCUCUGCUCGCUCCCUUCAUAUCUUUUCGCGCCGGACCUCGUGAUGCCCUGGCCUCUGUACUCGUUCUGCUUCGCCGCUCGCCCAGCUAAAGCAUCAUGGCCCCAAAGUCUGGCACAGCAACGUUUUCGUAUCCCUCUGCGAUCGAUGACAAGUCAAUACGGCUUCUUCGCUUUGUCCAUCGGCCGAGAGUUCUCGCCGCCUUCGCAUCUAAACGCCCUGAGCUGCUUAUCGAGACCUGUCCACUUGACAACCUGCCACCGUACCGGGCGUUGUCUUACACAUGGGGCCCUCCCGAAAAUGCGACGCUUGAAUACAAAGAGGCCGAUAAAUGCCCAAUCCUAUUGAACGGACAAGAGUUUCUGGUUUUUCCGAAUCUGAUGGACGCGCUGAAAAGAUUGAGGCGCACCUGGAACUUCAAGAGUGGUCCGCAACAUCUGUGGAUAGACGCGAUAUGUAUCAACCAGGUCGACAAGAUUGAAAAGUCCUUCCAGGUAGGAAGAUUGGAUAAAGUGUACCGUCGCGCCUCCAACACGGUCGUCUGGCUGGGAGAGAUAACCACGCAGCCCGCGAAGCUAAUGAUAUUGCUUAAAAACAUUCCACGAAUUCAGGCCCAGCACAGCGCAAAAUACGGCAUGCCGACCGCCGACUUUCUGAAAUCUAUCGGCUUGCCAAAUCUUGACGACGCCGAGAGCUGGCGACCACUGGUUGACUUCUUUCGUCGGACGUGGUUCACCCGACUCUGGAUCAUUCAAGAGGUCGCCCUGUCCGCCCGGAUCCAGGUCUUCUGGGGCGAGCAUUGCAUGCCAUGGGAGGAGUUGGGUUCGUUGAUAUCCCACAUGAUCUCGCAAAGCAACCUUGCGGCACUUGUCUUUCUUCGAUCAGUUGAUAGUCACCGUAGAAGUGACGAAAGGUCGGUGGAGCCAAUCAGUGCAGCUGGUGCCCUCAAUGGCGUUAGAGAGUCGUAUCUGCAUUGGGGAAAUCUGGACAACACGAACUACACCGUAUUGGCGGGAAGAGUCAAAGGACAAUGUGGUUGUGCUACCGUCACUCCAGCGACGCUACUGAUGUUUUUGUGCCUGGCCCAUCGCAACGCUGGCGCCCAAGACCCGCGGGACAAGGUUUUUGGCUUUCUCGGAAUCGUCAAUGAGAUUGCCAGAAAGGAAGGUCUCGGACGUUGUCACAUCCAACCAAAUUACACCACCACCACACCCGAGGAGCUCUACAUCCAAGUAGCCAAAGACGUCCUCGAGGAAACAGGCAGCGCGGCCAUAUUUGCUACUUUCCAAGAUCCGCCUGGGCGUCGGAAGGGUUCUAUGCCGUCCUGGGUGCCGGAUUUGCGCAUCCAACUCGGUGUGCCAAGGGUUAUGCGUCUUAUAGCAAUGGGAACCUUCAAAGCGGGAGGGAAAGUAUCCCCCGUUGCUCCUAGUGUCCGCAUCAAUGGCAACUGCGUUCUUCUGCGCGGCCACCAAGUCAGCCAGAUCCGUUCCCUCGUUGCUCUCGCCCCAGAGUUUCUGGACGCGAGCUUAGAUCCGUGGGUGGGACGACUAGCCCAGCUAUGUAGGUCUGGGCGGGUCGCAAAAUCCAGCGCUGUUGAAGACUUCUGGCGGACCCUGCUGAUGAAUACUGUCAAAGCCCUUUACCCGGCAAAAUGGCCCUAUAAAAGGAUUGGCGACGAUUGGCUCUGUGCCAAGGCUGGCGACCAUUUCCGCUGCUACGUCGCCUUUAUGGUCUAUCGCGGCUGGAGGGAGACAGUCCCAGAGGAGGCAGAUAUCUCAGGAAUGGACGUAUAUCUUCGCUCCCUGACCGACUACCAUACCCUGGCAGGAGGAGGGACUGGUCAUAUGCCCGACCUACGAACCUUCAACUCUUUCAUACAGAGCAUGGUUUGCCGCCCCGAUUUUGCUGGGUCCGGCUCGGCCACAGCGGUUGAAGGUCACAGGCUGACUGUGAAGAGGUAUUUCGAGUUCAUCCACGAGGUGCAGGCGACCAUGGCAGAUCGCUCGGUUGUGGUGUCUACGCGGGGACAAUUUGCAAAUGUGCCAGCUUGGUCACAGACAGGCGACCACAUUGUUAUCGUCCAAGGCUGUCCUUGCCCUCUGAUCCUUCGUCCAAGCAAAGAUGAUCCCUCCAGCUUUACCCUCGUCGGACAUGCUUAUGUCCAUGGAAUUAUGCAUGGCGAGGCGAUCAAUGCCACCACUCGAUGGGAGGAAUACUGUUUAGUCUAGGCAGUUGCGUUUAACACAUCUGAUUUCCAGGACGUCCUGCUGAAGAUUGCCAUGAGACGUAUUCCCUGCGUCACAUGCAAUGUACUGAGAAUGGGCGAAGUACAAAGCAAGCUGCUGGCAUAGGUUCAAGGGUUAAUUACGACGGUCGCCAUCACGAAUGGACAAGGCUGGACGACGCCAUGUGACGUGGUCGCGUCCAUCCAGUUCAAACGCAGGCAAGUCUCAGCUAAGAGAGAAAGUCGGUCACAAUCCAAGACCUACAUCACCAAUGGUUCUCGCAACACCUCUACAAGCCAUUGUACAACCCAGGUACAAGAGAUACCAUGGGAGAUAGGGGGAGGCUACAUUAAGCCAGCUCAUCGAAAAGCACGGGCAUUACGAACAUCCCUUCUCGCAAAGAGCCAUCGACGAUGCUCUAGAGCUUGCAACAUGGGAGCGGCGAGAGCAAGGACAAGAAUCAACGACCAAUUUCCUGCUGUAGAAGGCCAUCCUGCCCAGAGCUCAAGUUUCGUCUUUCUGCUUCCAAAGACAACCCAUGAGGAUCUAUUCGAACGGAAGAAUUCCAGAUUGCCGGUCAAUGUUCAGUCAAAGGCGGCUCGGUUUGACCGAGUUGCAUGUGAGCUCAGAGCAACUUUGCUCCUACUGGUUUUGGCAAAUCCGGACGGAUCUUAAUCGGCGCAGUCGGGCAGCCAGGCACGUGGAAAUCUAGCAAGGUGCUCGGGUCUGUCUGAUAUUGCUUCAGGCCACAGGAAUCGUACCUUCGAGAGUGACGGCAUCUGGUAUUCCCGUCACCCCCCAUUAGUGUUCGUCAUUUCCAUCGUGUUGUCGUCAUUGAUCAGGUGGAUCGAACACUCUGGAGCUGUGAAACUCCUCACAGCAGCCAAUUGUGAAGUGGUUGUUUCUUUUGUCCUAUGACGUUCAUGAUAUCUUGUGCCAGAUAGCCACUGAGAAACGCGACCACGGGUGUUGUAUCUCUGAUCCAAUCGAAGACGGAGUAACGCAUGUAUGUACUCAGGGUACGUGAAGAAAACAAAUCAUCUACAAAUCCCACAGAAUUUGUAUGGGGAUGGCGGUUCCUCA